GUACGCGGGAUCGAGUAUGGCCUUGUUCUUGGAGGAGCAGCGCCGCGCUAGGAUACAUUAGUGGAAAAUAUCUCUCACAACAAAGAUUAGCUCAGAGGAAGAAAAACUACUACCUAUAACUUGUGAAGCAGUGGUCCUGCACCACAACCACCACCAUGAGUGUGAUCAUCCGUCUUCAGAAUCUUCCAUGGUCUGCCAAUGCCCUUGACAUCAGGGAAUUCUUCAAGGGCCUUAGCAUUCCAGAAGGUGGUGUUCACAUUGUUGGUGGGGAACUAGGAGAUGCCUUUAUUGCCUUCAGCACGGAUGAGGAUGCUCGACUGGCCAUGCAGAAGACCGGCUCUAGCUUGAAGGGCAUCCAGGUGACACUGCUGCUGUCCUCACGUAGCGAAAUGCAGAAGGUCAUUGAGGCUGCCCGACAGCAGGCCAUGGCACUGCAGGGGUUUGCACCGCCACCAGUCAUUCCAACCCAGCCCACACCCACACCCCAGUCACAACCACAGCCUCCCCCAGUAUCUCAGAUGUCUCAGCCCAACUUACCCAAUCUGCAGCACCAGCAGAUGGGUGCACACACCCCAUACCAGGCCCAUGGUCGUCCUGGUGGUGUAGAUGGACCAGAUCAGCUGCAGUCCCGCCUACCACCCCAUAUGGUGCCACCACCCAACCAGCAAAUGGCCCAGCCAGGUUCCUCUAUGUCCAUGCCACCCACAUCAGGCCCAGGCUCUGGUGUGCCAAACUUGCCACCCCCUCCUGCUAAGCCUGGAGACCCUCAGGCAGCAGCCAACUCUACCUCAGGCUCUGACAAAAAGGAUGACAAGAAGUCUUCAUCUUCAUCCUCCUCAUCCUCCAGAAGAGACAGCAAAAGUCGACGACGCAGGACAAAGUCCCGCAGCCGUUCUCGCUCCAGGUCUCGGGAUCGAGACCGCCGCAGACGCCACAGGUCCAGAUCCAGGUCCAGGAGCCGUGACCGCAGCAGCCGGAGCCGCAGGCGCUCCCGCAGCAGGGACAGAGACCGCGGCCGUGACAGGACCCGUGAUCGUGACCGGGAUAAGGACCGCAGCAGUCGCUCAGGACGGGAUCGUAAUGACAGGAUGAGCCAAGACAAGAAUGAUGGUUCUGUCAGUGUUGUUGACAUCACAAAAGAUAACAGCUGUCCUCCCAUUGGGAGUGGAAUAAACACUGAUGGAAUCCCAGGUCUUGGAGAAAUACCCAACCUGAAGGGACCCUUGCCUAUCAGUCUAGCAGAGCCCUUGAAAAAUUCCCCCAUCCAGACACCAUCACACAGCCCUGCCCCAACUUACAACACAGUCACAGGCUUGGGGCAGAAUUUCCAGGGCACAAAAAUGUUCAAUCCUGGACUACCCAUGGGAUUUGGUGCAAUGAGUUCCUCAGACUCGCCACUCACCACAAAAUUCAAUGAGCCAAUGGAGACAGAGACAGUUGAUGACAGUCCCAUUGUCUUGGAGGGACCAGAUGGCCCACCCGACCCUAGAGGGAUGAGAGGCAACAUGAUGCCCAGGGUUCCAGGUGAUGUAUCAAGACCUGAUGUCAAGGGAGGUCUCCUUGGUGAUGGUCCUCCAAAUCAGCCUCCUUUUGGGGGCUUCCAGGGGCGAGGAAUGGGCUUCAGAGGCAAUGAUGCCUUUGGGUUUGGGAAUGGCCCCAUGGGUCGCCCUCAUCCCAAUGACAUGGACUUUGUGGAUCCAAGGAGCAGCAGGGGAGACAGUUCCAGCAGGCAGCGGGACCCCAGAGACCGUGGCUUCAGGUCAGAAAUGGAUGUGAGGGACAGCAGGGGCAAGGAUGAUGAGAGGAGCUCCAGGGAUGAGUCAGGGUCCUGGGAAUCCGGUGGAAGCAAGAGGGAGCGCAGCAGCCGCUGGGAAGCCGUGGACAAGAGGGACACACUCAAUGACCAGUCUGAGUGGCACUCCCGCGGCAGGAGAGACGCCUGGGGUGACAGGGAUGAUGACAACUGGGGCGGACGAGGAGAAGGAUGGAAGGAUGACUUUGGUCGGAGGGAUGACCGCGAUGCAUAUGACGACAGCUAUGGGUAUGGGAACUACCGUGGGAGGGGUGGCAGGGGCAUGGACCGGGGCCGCAUCAGCCGAGGAGGAAGGGGCUUCAACCCUCGCUUUGGGGGAUAUCCUGGCUUCUCAGAGGAAAAUGGCGAUGAUGGAUAUGGAUUCAGGGGAGGAUUCAGAGGCCGAGGGGGUUUCCGUGGCAGGGGAGCCCCUUUCAACUCUAGGGACAGCAGUGGUGACUGGAUGGAUGAGACGUGCAGUGUUGAGCUCCGCAAUGUGCCCAUUGUUGCCUCCUACCGUGCAAUAAGAGACUUUUUCCACGGCAUCUUUGUGCCAAAAACCGGAAUCAAGCUUCUCUCUGAUGACCAAGGGAACAGAAUAGAUGUAGCACUCCUGCAGUUCUCCUCACCCAGAGAUGCUCAGAGAGCUUUAAGGUGCUCUGGUAAUUACAUUUUUGACAACAAAGUGGAAGUGGUGCUGACCAGUGAGGGACAGUAUGAGGCAGCAGUUGAUGCAAACCAGCUGAAGAUGUUCCCCAGCAGCAGAUCAUCUCAGCCCACAUCAGACAACAGUGUUUGGACUGACAGCACCUGUGUGUGUGUUUCUGGUAUUCCUUCAGGAUGCACAGAGGCUGAGAUUGCCCAGUUCUUUGGCCAGUAUAGUGUACAGGAUAUUAUCAUAGAGCAAGAAAAAGGAAGAUGCUUUGUGAAGCUCACCACUCCAGAUGCUGCCCACCAUGCUGUCACUAUGCUCAACAAUUCUGGUGAUAAUGGCAAUCUUGUGGUGGAAAUGUGUCCUCCAGAUGCCAUGGUGGCAGCAAACAGAAACAAAGACUCAUCUCCAAACAAAAGCCAAUCAGGAAAGGAUAAGAAAAAGGUUGAGGACAAAAAGCCUGAGAAGAUUAUAGAGGAACCAAAACACCAGCCAAUGGGAGCUGACCUUCUGACAGACUCUGUGGUGAUGAAAGGAGUGCCAAAGGACACCACGGAGGCCAACAUCCGGGACUUCUUCAGUGAUGAGGGGCUGGUGCCGGAGCGCUUCCACUUCUGUGACGCAGACGGCGAUGGAACGCGCCAGGUGUAUGUAAUAUUCCCCCUGAUAGAGGACGCUCGCAAGGCUGUAGGAAAGAGCCAGCAGCAGCUGUCAAAAGUCAAAGUGGAGGUUGAAUUAAUAGCCAAGCCUCUAGUAAUGGCCACAAUGGGCCUGCCAUUUGAUCCUUUGGAACUGAUACGCAAGGGACAGAAAACUGGAGAAACACCCUUUAAUGCAAAACCUGAAAAUCUAACAAAUAGUGACAGCAAAGAAGACUCCAAGAAAGACUCCUCAAAGAAUAACCACAACAGUCAAGAGGAUAGCAAAGACUUAAUUGGACAGGAGGAAGUGGCCGCUAGUAUGGGUGCCACACCAGACCAGAUGCAGGGCUUCGCAACACCUGGCAUGAUGGGCCAGUUCCCCUACCGUGGUGCUAUGAUGGCACAGUUCCCUGGAGGACCACGAGCCUUCAGGCCUUUCAUGGCCAGGAUGCCCAUGGGAAUGUCUGGAAUGCGAGGACCAACUGAUGCAAGCUUUAGCAGGAUGAGGGGCUCUGUUCCACUGCUGAGGGAUCCCAUAGUAGACUCCUCCGGCACUGGAGUGGAGGUCAUGGGGACAGCCAUCACGCCAGAGGAGUUUGGCAAGCCAGGGUGUGUUGUCUCCCUCAGUAAUGUUCCUUACCGGGCCACGACAGAAGACAUCCUCAACUUUUUCCGAGAGUUCCCUGAACUUCGGCCAGAGAACAUCAUCCGACGGUACAACGAGUUCAACCAGCCAACUGCCGAUGCACGUGUGUGCUUCAGGUCUCCCCAGGAUGCCCAGCGAGCGGUGCAGACUCUCAACAGGUCCUACAUCCUGGGACGGCAGGUCUUUUUAGCCAUGCUGUCUGAUUAAAGAUGGUCAUUUCUUUCCAUUUUGGAUUGAGUCACAGUUCCUAUUUAUUCAUUUUACACAAGUUUUGUAAUGGCAAGUCUAUUAUCUACUUGAUUAUUUUCAGUUUACAGUGUUAACUGAUGGAUGACAAGUUAACUGUUUUUUUUGUUUUUUUUGUAACUGGUGUAAAGAAGUGUUAUGUUAUGUUAUCCAUGUCUCAGUACCUGCAAACUUACCUGUAAAUAGCAUAUAAGUAUUGGUGGAUGUAUAUAUAGAUGACCAAUAAUUCAUAACAUAACUGUGAAAAUUGAAAAGUAUUUAUAACUAAGUUUGUAAAUAAACUACUUUCAUACUG